AUGCCACCUGCAUCAUUCAAAAUAAGCCGCCUCGUCUGGCUGAUUCUGGGCGCGUUGGUUAUCGCGCUUCUCCUAUAUCAGCUCAGGAACGCGCUCCUGCCAUUCAUAGUGGGCGGCUCCUUGGCAUACAUCCUCGACCCUGUCAUUUCGUGGCUCGAACGGCGUAUCCCUUGGAUGUCCUCUCGCCCUGAGUUGAAGCGCGUCAUCCUGAUUCUGCUGAUAUUUGUCAUUGCCGUCUUGGUAGUCAUCGCCGCGCUUAUCGCCAUCAUACCGCCCGUGAUAGAUGAGAUCGGGCAUUUCAUAGAAACCCUUCCGAAUCUGAUAGAAAGUGCCCGCGUAACCGUUCAGAGCAUAGAUGCUCAACUCCAGGCCCGACUGCCCGAAGAGAUUGUCGUGGUGAUACACGACGUCACGCAGGACUUGGGCAAGGCAAUAGUGGGCGCUGCCAAAGGCUUCGCGGCACGCACAUAUGGCGUCAUAUCAGAGACCAUGUCGCUGUUGCUCGGCUUGGCUAUGGUGCCGCUGAUACUCUUCUACAUACUCAAGGACAAGGGGAAAAUUAUAGAAGGGAUGCUGAACACUCUCUCACCGGAGCCGCGCAAGCACACGCGCAACGUACUCAGCGUUCUCAACGGUGUCUUCAGCUCCUACAUACGCGGACAGUUGAUACUUGGCUUGGUCGUGGGCUUGGUCGUGUUCCUGGGCCUGUGGUUUAUGGACGUGCCGUUUGCUCCGGUGCUUGGGCUGGUCGCGGGAAUCACCGAACUGGUGCCGGUUAUUGGUCCUUGGCUCGGCGCUAUACCAGGAAUACUGGUCGUACUUGCUACCGCUCCCGAGAAGUUCAUCUGGGUAGCGUUGCUCUACCUUGGCGUGCAGUUCCUGGAAAACUCCCUUCUCGUUCCGCGCAUCCAGAGCGAAUCGCUCAAUCUCCACCCCGUAUUUGUGUUGGCAGCCCUAAUUGUGGGCAGUGAAGUCGCCGGUCUGUGGGGAGUUAUACUCGGCCCGCCUCUAGCGGCCGCUGGACGUGGCGUUCUUCUCUAUUUCCUGGGGGUAUGGAAUUCCGAUGAUGCAACUGAAACCCCUGUGGCAGAGGAGCAAGAGACCUCACAGCAUGUCGAGAAUCCGCAAGAUACUGAACCGGCAACCGACCUUUCGGAAAACUAA